CUUGGCCUUGCAGCCAUCGCCUUCAUCUCCCCACAGAACCACCCCAUCCUUGUCCGCUCCUUCUCUCAAAGGCACGACAACCUCCUCAAGUACCACUACAUUGCAUACACAAGCCUCGACAUUGUCAAUGAGCGUAUCACCGCCAUGCCAAAGUUGGUAGAGUGCUACCUUGGCUUCCUCUACUCCAUGGAGAAUGUCACCAUGUAUGCCUACAUCACCUUGCCAAAGGUCAAGAUCAUUCUCGCCCUCGCCCUUACUGACACCCGUUUUCUCUUCUUCAUCCUCCCCCCACUGCAGAUCUUCAAGGCCCUCCACCUUGCGUACUAUCGCUCCACCACAAACCCCUUCCUCAGACUC